GUCAAUUGCAGAGCUCGAGGCGACUCACGGGACAUGGUUGCGGUGGUGUAAGUAAAGAGAGAGCUAUGCUGGCCGGGUGCGUUGAGGCUCGGCGCAGCGCUCUACGGCCAGCGGGGCUAUCGGCGGGCAGGGAAAGUGAGGCUGUCAGGAGAGGAGAGCGGACGUGCAGAAUCGCGAACAACAACGGCCGAAACGCGCAACAGAUGGCGCGCGGGCAGGAGAAGCACAAGGCGGGAGCGAGCGAGAGGGAAUGGUGAUGAUGCCGAACCGACUGACUAAGCGGCAGCCCGCAUCGC